AUGAGCCGGGCCCACGAGUUCGCAGAGGGCCCCCGCGCUCCGGCUGCAGGCGGCCCGGGCCACAGCUCCCGAUGCUGGCCGAGCCCGCAAGUUGUGCAGCGGGCCGGACCGGCCCGCGCGCCUGAUGCUAGGCAGCCGGGCCAACGCUCCCGCUGCAGGCCUGGUUUGGGGCCCGUGGCGGGCCAGGUCAGUUCUCCAUCUGCGGGCCGCGCCUGGCCUUCCCCCAGCAGACCGGGCCGGGCCCGCUCGUAUGCAGCAGGCUGGACCGGGCCAGUGCUCCAGCUGAGGGCUGGGUCUGUCCCCCUCCGAAGCGGGCCGGACCGGGCUCUCUCGGCCCGCUCGCCCGCUACGGGCAGGCCGGGCCGUCAAGCCACCAGCGGGCCAGGCCGGGCCCGCAAGUCAGUAGGAGGCCGGGACAAAUCCCCGCAUCCGCUGCGGGGCGGGCCGCGCCGGCUCGCCAGUUUCUGGGCGGCCGGGUGGCGCCGCGAAGCGCACGGCGCUGGGCCUGGUCCUGUGCGGUAG